CACUCACACUGCUGCAAAAGAAAAAAGCAACUCGACACGUUCAGCGAGGACAUGUCUUUUCGUAACAGAGGUGUUGUAACAGAGCCGAGCUGAACCGGACCGAGCUGACACACGAGUGCACUGACUGUAGAGACUGAAGGAGGAUAAAUGAAGUGAGCCUGAACCAGAAGAGACGAUUCAUUCUCUCCCCCCGUGUGAUUUCUUUCAUUCAUUUAUUUAUUUAUUUACUUCUUUUUUUUUUUCUUUUCUUUCUUUGGCUUGCAUCUGUGUGCACGAGAGCUGGACUUACAGCAAUCUGACAACAACAACAACAAACAAACAAACAACAACAAGAGGAGUAAGAAAUGGAGAGAUUUAACGGCUUCUCUUAUGACCGGAACAUCUUGUGCCUGUUCGAUGUGGACGGAACUCUGACACCACCGAGAGAGAAAAUCGACCCACAGUUGGACAAGUUUCUUCAGACUCUGAGAAGGAAAGUGAAGAUCGGCAUUGUGGGCGGGUCGGACUACUCCAAGAUUGCGGAGCAGCUCGGGGAGGGAGAUGAUGUGAUACACAAGUUUGACUAUGUGUUUGCUGAGAAUGGCACUGUGCAAUACAAAGAUGGGAAACUCCUCUCAAAGCAUGCUAUACAGAACCAGAUUGGGGAGGAGCUUCUGCAGGACCUGAUCAACUUCUGCCUCAGCUACAUGGGGCUCAUCAAGCUGCCAAAGAAAAGGGGAACAUUCAUCGAGUUCAGGAAUGGAAUGCUUAAUAUUUCUCCCAUCGGUCGCAGCUGCUCGCCGGAGGAGCGAAUAGAAUUCUCUGAAAUUGACAAGAAAGAGAAGAUCAGGGAGAAAUUUGUUGCUGCACUGAAAGAGGAGUUUGCUGGAAAGGGACUUCGCUUCACAAAAGGUGGUGUCAUCAGCUUUGACAUUUUUCCAGAAGGCUGGGACAAGCGACUGUGCUUAGAGCCGUUGGAGAGUGAAGGUCUGGACGCCAUCUACUUCUUUGGCAACGAGACCACGGAUGGAGGAAACGACUAUGAAAUUUUCAACGACCCCCGGACCAUCGGCUUCACGGUUUACUGUCCAGAGGACACGGCGCGGCUCUGUCAGGGACUGUUCUUUGAUUCUGCACCAAACAUCUCCUGAUGCGCCGACAUGACUCCACCCCUGACUCUAGUCACUUUACCCACAAGCCCCUCUAUACUCCAUUUCUCUUCUGGCGUGACAGCCAGGUUCUUAUCAAUUGCCAGUACUGAUUUAUUCCUACAUUAUCAUUAUUAUUAUUAGUAUUAUUUGGGUGGUUUGACAGAAUUUGCCAUUGCAGUUUUUUGUUUAUUUGUUUUUAAAAGGAACAUCAACUGAGUAAGUGUUACAUGUUGUGUUAAUAAUGUGUGGUUUUAAUACUGUGCCUGAAGAAAAAUCAAGAAGUGAGAAACUCCAGAUUAUUUAGAAGUAUAGAAUGAUGUUUUGCACUAAUGUUGGUAUAAUCUCAUAGCGGUAGUUGAUGAAUAAUACUGAAACAUGUGAUAGGAAUGUGUGCGAGGGACUGAUAUUGAAUUUUGAAAAAGGAAAUGUGAAUGAAGUGAGGACACAGUUGAAUCAUUCCAGUCGUUUGAUUGAUUUUGAUUGUUUUUGUGCUCAUUCCUGCUGGAAGUGUUGCUUUUAACCUCGCAGAGCUGCUGGAAAUGAAAGAAACUUGAUGGUGAUGUUUUGCUUCUGUUUUUUUUGUUGUUGUUUUUUUCAAUUCACUGAUGAAGUGAAGAUUUGUCGUAUUUAUUCUGAACAUCACUGACUCAGUGAAUU